ACGCAGGUUCCGAAAGCCAAACUAGUUCCGGAGCGGAUCUACUUCAAUCAACGACAAAGUAGGAAAUAAUUUCCACUCUUGAUAAAUAUUAGAUUUUUGCACUUUUUAAUCGACCACGGAACCUUUUCAUCCGCGUCUUCGCAGUUUUUACAUCAUCCCAACCGCAACAACCUUGCCCAGUGCGUGCCUUCGAUACAGUGCUUAACAUUACGUAGGGGCCAAGAGCGACGGAAAAAAGAAGGAAAUAUCUAAAAAUAUUUUUAAUCGCCGUGAAAGUGCCAGCAGCAGAUUUAUUUUCGCAAAUACAGCGCUUGGAGCAACUAAUUGACUGCAAAGAUGGUUCUCAAAGUUUAUGUCAGCGGAAUGUCCGGCAAUAAGGAGGUGAAGAAGCGACAACAGCGCGUGCUGAUGAUCCUGGACAGCAAGAACAUCCAGUAUGACACCGUCGACAUCACGGAGCCCGGCAAGGAGUCCGAAAAGGAGCUAAUGCAAAACAAAUCUACUAGCAACGGAGGCACCGUGAGCGAUCCGGAUCCCCGCCAUCCCCUGCCGCCGCAGCUUUUCAACGAUGAGGAGUAUUGCGGUGACUACGACGCCUUUGACAUGGCCAACGAGAUCGACACCCUGGAGGUGUUCCUCAAGCUGGCACCCGCCGAUACCACGGCUGUCAGUACCGCCCAGAUUGAACUGAAGCAAGAAAAUGGCGAGGCCAAAAAGGAGGAGGCGGAAGCGGAGGAUAAGGCUGCGAAGGACGGCGAGGGCGAUGAGGCGGCGGAGAAGGCCGAGGAUGAUGAUGGCGAGGACAAGGAGAAAAAAGAGGGCGACGAUGAAGACGCCGACAAAGAUAUAGAAGAAAAUUCGGAGGAAAAGACUGAAACCGCUGCAGAUGAAGAAUCCGACGAUAAGGAAAAGAAAGAUGAGGCGACAGAAAAAUCCGAAGAUGAUACCAAAAAAGAUGAAACAUCUGAAGAAGAACCUUCACAAAAAUCGCAAGAUAAACACAAAGAAGAAACAGAAGAAAAAUCUGAAGCUGAGACCACGGAAAGCUCUAACAAAGCCGAAAACGCAGAAGAGUCUGCCGAAAAGCAGGCUGAGGAUAAGGACGAGUCUAGUGGCGAUGAGGAAGAAAAUGAUGAAGAAGCUAAGGAACCAAAUAAGGUGGAACAAGAUGUUGAGAAGGAAGUCAAAGACGAAGAAGAGUCUAGUGAUGAUGAAGAAGACGAUGAUAAAGAAACUAAGAAAACAGAGAAGGUUGAGACAAAUGCUGAAAAGAAAGACAAGGAGGCGGAGGAAGAGGACGAAAAAGAGGGGGAAAAGGAAGCAGCGGACGAAACCAGGGAAGCUGAAAAGGAAGUAGAAAGUCCCGAAGGCGAUGAAAGCGGAGAAGCUGAUGAGGAGGAGAAAAAAACUAUCGAGGAAGAUACAUUACAGAAGCCUGACGACGCACAAGAAGAAGAGACGGAUGAACAGGAAGAGAGUAACAAACCAGAGGGUGAAGAAGGAAAUGAAAGCAAAGAAGAAGCAGAAGAUAAGAAAGUAGAAAACAAAGAAGAGGACGAAAAAAGUACCGUGGAGGAGAAAUCCGAAAAUCCUGAAACCCAAGAGGAAGAAACGGACGACAAGGAUGAGAAAAGUAAAGAGGAAGACAGCGAUGAAGAAAGCGAUGAGGAAGAGGAAUAACCAUAAGCUGUCAGAAAUGAAGAAAAGAACAUCGACUGUCACACACACACAUACACUGACAUCCGCAUCUCAAACACAUACACAUAUAAAACUGCACCUUUAGCCAAAUAAUACCGAAAUGUUCUGUAAAUAGAAACAACCCACUAAUAACGAACCUGGUGACGGUAAACGAACACCAGAGGUGUAAGUUUUAAUCUUUUAUAUUUAAUUUCAUUCUCUUCAAAAUUUCUCCGCAACAACAACGU